AUGUCUUUCUCCAACGGUGGAGGUACGCUGGCUCUGCCAUCGCCUACACAUGCUCAUCAUAUGGACGUGUCAUCGGCCGUGCGCAGUCUUAGGCGCUCCAUCUCCCGAUCACCAUCAAAGUUCUUGUCGCGAACAAGCUCCCAGAGCUCGGACAGCUCACGACAAACCUCGCCUCAGUCGCCUUGCCGACGAUUCGGCGCAACCCCUCAACGACAAUAUCUCUCACCAUCACAGCCGCAAACCGCCCCUCCCGCAAUCACUUCGACGUAUGCCGCUCCCCCCAACCAAUCUUCUGUUCUAACACCUCUCCGGCCAAGUGUGCGACUUUCGCUGCGGUCUGCGAAAUCUGCCAAGGCCUCGUCAACGUCGUCUCGCCCGCUGGCUCGCGCGCGGGCCUCGCCAAAAAGUCCCCUCAAACGAGCUUUGAGUGCUGCUCCCGAUUCCGGUAAUCUGAGCCGCCCACUAGUUACUUCUUCCCCAACGUCCGUCACCCCGCGUGGCCAGGAAAACAAGUCGUCGCCUCGAUCCACGCAUAGCACUGGAGAAAAACCAUCACGCCAUAGCUUUCAUUUGGACGUGUCAGGGUCAUCACAAUACGCAGCGCUCAAGGCCCUAGACACCCCUACCAGUGAACCUUACAUGGUGUCAACGACUGGCGCGUUGAAGCGCAGUGAUGCGACGAUGAACCUGGACUACCCCAAUCAAGGCAGUCCCGCCUCAAAGCGCCGUAGCUUGCAUGGAGUCGCUGCUCUCGGUCCCUCUGGAGAGUUCAACAUAUUUGGCGCAAAUACCUCAUCGUCACAAAGCUUCGACAUCCACGAAGACCCCCAAGCAUGCGAGUAUGAACUAACCGGAGUAAACAAUGCCCUUGCCACCUCGACCCGUGAGCCUCUUUCUUCUCCUAGCCCGGUAGCAAAUCUUCCCCGGCGAUCUUCAUCACUGCGGAAGUCAACUUUACAGCAGAGAUACGGCGACAAAGGCUCAUGGGGUCGACGGACGGGGGAAAGACAACUCGCACAAAUGGGCGGAGAUCAUUCCACUCCGGUUCGAAGCCGGCCUCGUCUUUCUACAGACCACUUCCUCCCCCCACCGGUACCUCGAGACAGCCCGUUUAACGCUGGAAGUCCUCUGCCCAAUGCUUCUAUUCAUCCCUUGGACAACAAAGCGCAACACCACCCUCACCCUCUGUCCAAAACCCUCACAACCUCCAUCUCUGGCAACACUCUAACGGAGGAGCCUUGUGGGUAUGCACCAGGCGCCAAUGCUGCUGAGAAGCCCAAACCACACAUGUUUUCCCGAUCUCUGCCCUUGAACGCUACCAGACCGACUGCAUGUUCCACCAAUGACCACACCAAGGCCGUUGCUACGCCCAGCCAGUCACACCAGCUCUGGAUCGCCGCUUUCAACUCCACAGGCCUCAUAUCAAAGGUUAACCGAAAUCCUGAGGAAGAGGCCGACAGGAAACUUGCGCCGCCAGACACGCCUUGCAAAAAGCAUUCCAAUCCAUUUGCUACGUUCCCUCCUCCGGUCGGCAGCGCGAUGAAGAGAAAGGGUAACAACCGAAACUCCUUCGCUGGUGUUCCUUCAACACCUUUCCAUCCAUCCUCAUCCCGAGCUCCCGACACCUUUGGCCAACCUACGAAGGGACUUUCUAUUUUUCAACGCGGUUCCGCAUCAAACAGUUCACGUCGCGGCAGUAUCCUCAGCCUAGACGGCGAAGAUAGAAGAUUAUUUUUCGAUACCACCGAAUUGCCAAAUAUUUUGGAUGGAGAUAUUCCGCCAACACCAACCAAGACGACAACGCUGACAACGAGCUUGAGCAAUCUCAGUGAACAAUCACUUGAAAGCCCCAGUGCCAACCGAUCAUUUACCCUGCCGCUUUCCGCCGUGAAGCCAGCGGCAUCACGGGAAUCAACCAGGAGCCCAGUUGAUGGCCGCAGGACUCCUCAAACGCCCCAAGAGUCAUUGCUUCCUUUGGAUACCAGUCGUCUGUCUAUUUCACAGGCGCCUGAUAAUGUAAACGAGAAUGCUAUGCCUCCACCAGUCACUCCCACUGCUGGUCGUGACUUUCGGUCAUCGACCAGCAUUUUCGUCACACCGGUCAAUGCCCGUACUAGUAGCCUCGACAUUGAUGCCAGCCUGUACUCGAGAUUUGACAAAGUUGAGAAAGUAGGCAAAGGAGAGUUUUCCACGGUGUACCGUGUGACCAAACUUGAGCAUGCCAAUGCAUUUGCGCUAGACAAUACCACACCAGGCAAUGGUGCUAGUCGCAGCCCUGCAAAGGAUCAAGUGUUUGCGGUCAAGAAGAGCCGACACUCCUAUUACGGACCCAAGGAUCGGGAGACGAAGCUCCGCGAGGUGCGCAUUCUCCAGGCACUGACGCACGCUGAACAUGUAGUUCAGUAUAUUGAUGAUUGGGAACACAACUUUCACCUGUACAUCCAGACAGAGUUUUGUGAGGAGGGUACACUGGAAAAGUUUUUGGGAAACGUUGGUCGAGAUGGUCGGUUGGACGAUUUCCGAAUCUUCAAGAUUUUGCAGGACCUAUGCCUGGGACUGAAAGAAAUUCAUGACGCUGAAUUUAUGCAUUUGGAUAUGAAACCGGCGAACAUUCUCAUUACCUUUGAAGGCGUCUUGAAGAUUGGCGACUUCGGACUGGCUCAACCAUGCAAUUCAACAGAGGGCGUCGAUGUGGAGGGUGACCGUGAAUACAUGGCUCCCGAGAUGCUCAAAGGCAAAGCCGGAAAAUCAGCUGAUGUCUUCUCGCUGGGUCUAAUGACUUUGGAGGCCGCUGCAAAUGUUGUACUACCCGAAAAUGGCCCUACCUGGGUUGCCCUAAGAUCAGGGGAUCUGUCCGAGGUUCCUAGUCUUACUUGGACACCCUCGCUCGAAGUCCAGAGGGAUGCUAUCGGAAAUCCCACCGAGUCGACACAUGACGAUGAUCUUCAAGGAGGAAAAACGAGAAGUGCUGGUAACCUGUUCGGCUCGUUUAAGCGGUCGGAACUACAGCAGCCCCCCAAAUUCAUGCUCGACGCAUACCACUCGAGUUCGCUGGACUCUAUUGUAAAAUGGAUGACUUCGCAGGAGCCAGCAGCACGCCCUCUAAUCGACCAGGUUCUUGAAUUAGAAGGCCUGCGGUGGGUCGCUGAGCACCGCAAUGCACCUGCGACAGUGUACGAGGGAAACUGGGGCCCUGCUGAGAUGUUUCCUGUUUCUAUCGCCAAUGACAGUGAUACGGAAAUGACCGACGUCUGA